GCAAGCAUGGCGGAUUUCAGUGAUACGAAUUCGCACGAAAUGACAGAAAAUCAUGUUCAAAAACGGUGUAAUAAUCAGUGGGUUCGAUUAAAUGUUGGUGGAACAUAUUUUUUAACAGCAAAAACUACUCUAGCUAGAGACCCUAAUUCGUUUCUCUAUAGAUUGUGUCAAGAAGAUUCUGACCUUAUCUCAGACAGGGAUGAAACUGGAGCAUAUUUAAUAGACCGUGAUCCAACAUACUUUAGCCCUGUUUUAAAUUAUUUACGUCAUGGGAAGUUGGUGAUUAAUAAAGAUUUGACUGAAGAAGGAGUGUUAGAAGAAGCAGAAUUUUAUAACAUUACAGAAUUAAUACGAUUAGUCAAAGAAAGAAUUUUAUUAAGGGAUACCAGACCACUACGUGAUUCAAAAAAACAUGUUUAUAGAGUUAUUCAAUGUCAUGAAGAUGAAUUAACUCAAAUGGUAUCGACAAUGUCUGAUGGAUGGAGGUUUGAGCAGUUAAUCAACAUAGGAUCUCAAUAUAAUUAUGGAAAUGACGAUCAUGCUGAAUUUUUAUGUGUGGUCAGUCGCGAAUAUGGGGCCAGUCAACUCAAUAGCAAAGAACAAGAGUCAACGGAUCGUGUUAAGGUUCUGCAGCAGAAGGGUUCUCGCAUGUAAUCUCUAAAUCCGUCCUUUUCUUUCUUUACUUCGUUUAAUUAAAUCAACUGUGCAGCGACAAGAUGAAGACUGCUUUUGUUUCUACAUUUACAAGUUUAAGUUUAUGCAAAUUUUCAUUACUCCAUUUUUUCUGUAUGGUGGUAAUACAAACACAAAAUAUGUGGAAAGGUAUAAUACCUUCUGUAGAUAUGUACCUAUAAUGUAACAACAUAAGAUGAAGCUUUAAGAACCGAAAGUAUCACACACUGAUGAAUGAAUUUUUUUUAAUUAACAUUUGACAAGAAUAGAUACGGAUUGCAAUGACAGGUGUAGCCUUUAGUAAUUCAA